AUGGCUCAUAGGGCAUUCAUACAAGUGGUCAUUACGGGAGCAAGUGUCUUUGGUAAGGCAUUUGCUGAAGCCUAUAGACAAGCCGCAUCGCAGACUGUCAAGCAAGGUGCUAAUGCAGCUCGUGCCGGUUCAGCUAGUGCUGAAUAUGGUGGCAUAACUCUCGAUGAGAGUUCUAAGAUUUUGAAUAUGGAAGAUAAGGAGAAUUUAAACUUGGAUAAAAUCAAUCAGAGGUUUAAGUAUCUGUUCGAUGUCAACGAUGCCGAGAAAGGUGGUAGUUUCUAUCUUCAAAGUAAGAUCUACAGAGCUGCUGAAAGGCUCAAAUGGGAGUUGGCACAACAAGAGAAAGCAGAACAGCCUCCGAAUACAAGCCAAAAGGGCACUGAUCCGUCCAAACAAUAA